ACCUCCUGACUUGUCUCAGCACCGUGAACCCUACCACGCUCGUCGAUGUCGUCGUCGCAACCAGAAACCGUGCCGCGCAAGCGACAGCGCACCGACACAGAUGCCCCCGUAGAGACUGAGACGACUUCCACACUGCUCGGAAAGUAUACGCGCGACGAUGAAUUUUGGUUUGACGAUGGGACCGUCAUCCUCGAGGCACAGGGAACAUGCUUCCGUGUCUACCGGGGAUGGCUUGCGAAGCACUCCGAUGUGUUCAGCAGCCUCUUUUCUCUCCCCCAACCCGCCGACUCCGAACACAUCGGCGACUGCCCUGUGGUCCAUGUUUCAGACCGCCCCGAGGAACUUCUGCAUUUGUUGCGGGCAUUGUUCAAUGUGCACAUGUUUGAUGACCAUGUUACCCCGAUUGAGUUUCAAGUUGUUGCAAGCAUUGUUCGCAUGUGUCACAAAUAUCAGGUUCAAGAACUCUUCGGGAAUGCCAUGUCCCUCCUGAAGGCAUAUUUCACGGAUGACCUUGACAUUUACUGCAAAAGGUUGCAAGGCGAAUCAACGGCUUCUCCGCGUCUAUCCAUCGCAGCAGGAGAUGCAGUCACAGCGGUCAACUUGGCUCGUCUCACCAACACCGACAGCAUUCUCCCCGUUGCCAUGUAUGAAUGCUGCCAGCUCGGAAGCAAAGCUAUCGUGGAGGGCAUUUCUCGCCCAGACGGCACCUUCGAGAUGCUUCAGUCCACGGACCAGAUCAGAUGCAUCGAUGGGAACAUGAAUCUAGUGGCAGAGCAUAUAGGAGGCAUGAAUGGCGUAUUUAAGAAAGAGGCAUACUGCCGAAACGCGUACGGCUCAUGCGGAAACAUGCUCCGUGAAUUACGUGCUGGCAUUGUCCGAGUGCAGGGAAAUGUAUGGACGGCUGUGUUGGAGCCGUGGGAUGGUUUCGUUCCCAAGUCGUUACAGCUCUGCCAGGACUGCCGGAAGUCAUUCCUGGCAGAUGAUGUGGCGCGGCGCAAGAAAGCAUGGGGGUUAUUGCCGAAACUCAUGGGAGUCAAUGUCAAGGGCUGGGAUAGCAGCAAGGCUGCUGCGCCUGCCUGAAACCGAAGCCAGCCAAGUGUUGUUAAUAAAUUGUACUUGUUUAUCUACCACUGCCAUGCGUACCCAUUCUUUCUUCCUGUUCUCAUUCACCGUUGAUCCUAUCAAUUUACUUACAUGCUCGACAUGUUGAAAUCGAUGUAAUCAGUGU